AUGCCUUUCGAAGAUAGUUCACCUAUGCAUAGUGCAAUUGAUAAAUUAUCUGAUAGAAAUAAACAACAACAUUCAUGUAGCAAGACAAUAGGUCUUUUUAUUGCUCUUAUUUCAUAUAUUCUUGCAUUAACAUUAAUUAUUGAUGAUCUUUUCUUUCAUAGUCAAAUUUUUGGUCGUAUACUUUAUCAUUUUCAUGCACAUACAACUCCAUUAAUUCUAUCUAAAAAAUGGAUUGCACCACUUUGGAUGAUUGUCUAUAGUUUACAAAUUCCUUGGUUAUUCUAUGCUAUAACAACAUUAUGUCGCCGAAAUGGUACUUGUAGUGAUAGUGAUUAUUUAUAUAAAUAUCCUUGUCCAGUAUCUCAAAUACAAUUAUUAACAUUUAGUCUUGGUUGUUGGUCUCAUAUUAUAUUUUUAUAUCUUAUUCAACAUCAAUCAAAUUUUCUUGCAACUAUUUAUAUUAUAUUAGGCACAAUGGCAUUAAUAUUUUGUCUUAUAACAUCAAUAAUUCAUCUUCAUAAUUAUGAACGUGAAUUAUCAACAUGUCAUUUAUUUGGUGAUAUAUGGUCAAUAAGAAUAUUUGUUCAUAAUGGUCUUAGUGUAAUGUUAGCAUGGCAAGUAGUAUUAAUUGUUUUUUCAUCUUUAUAUGCUUAUAAUACAUUAUUAUUACCAUCAAAAACAUUAAAUCAAAUAAAUGAAUCAACAUUAAAUUUAAUUGGUUUAUAUCUUAUUGGUUCAAUAUGUAUUAUAGCAAUAAUAUAUAUUAUAUUAAUGUUAUGUUUAUUUUCAAAUACAUUGUAUCAUGUCAUAGCUGGAUGGAUAUUUCUUGUUUUAUUAAUAUUUAGUUAUUGGUAUGAAGAUGAUCAUCAAACAAAUUUUUUACUUCUUAUAUUAUUUUAUGUAUUAACAGCAUUAUUAUUAUUUAUUGUAUUUCUUCAUUUAGUUUUAACUUUUUUCCGUUAUUCUGGUACAACAUGUAGGUUAUCAAUGAAUUCAAGUAGAAAUAAUUAUCGUCAUGGUAUACUUCAAGGAAAAGAUUGA